ACCUGCGAAAACCUAGGAACUUUGUUCCAAUGGCGUGGUCAAUAUGAUAAGGCCCGAGAAUAUAUGGAAAAGGCACUCGCUAUCAGUAUAGAAAUUGGCGAUAGGAAUGAAGAAGGAAGAAGCUACAGAAACCUAGGAACUUUGUUCCAAUCGCUUGGUCAAUAUGAUAAAGCCCGAGAAUAUGCGGAGAAAGCACUUGCUAUCAGUAUAGAAAUUGGCAACAGGGGUGGAGAAGGAAAAGACAACGGAAACCUAGGAACAUUGUUCCAUUUGCUUGGUCAAUAUGACAAGGCUAAAGUAUAUUUGGAGGAAAGUUUACGUAUCAGUAAGAGAAUUGGUGACAGGAACGGAGAGGCACUUGUUUAUUCCAACCUUACAAGUUUGUUUCUCUCGCUCGGCAAGUUUGCAAUUGCUGACGACUAUCUAAAGAUGGCAAUGGCAAUAAGAGUGAAUACUGGUGAUAGAAGGGGAGAGGCAGUGGAUUGCAGACAACUCGGGUUCAUCUCGCAUCUGUGUGGUUUAUAUGACAAGGCGCAAGAAUAUCUCGAGAAAGCCCUGGCAAUUCUCAUAGAAAUCGGUGACAGAGAAGGAGUAGUAGUCGAUUACGUAAAUUUGGGAUCGUGCUUCGAAUCCCUCGGUAACUAUGAUAUGGCCGAAGAAUACUUCAAGAAGGCUCUCCUUUUAAGCGGGGAGACUGGACUCAACCUGGAGGAGUUUCAAUGCCUUUGUAAGCUUUCUGUGUUAAAGAUAUCACAAUUUCAUCUUGAAGAAGCCUCUUCGUAUCUUUUUCAAAGCAUCGAAAAAUUCGACACUUUGCGAGGUUCUCUUAAGGAAAACGAUCAGUUUAAAAUAUCCCUUUUAGAGAAGCACGGCACCUUUCCCUACAAGUUGUUCAGUCGGUUGCUUUCUUCCGCCGGGAAGUCAGAAGAAGCCCUUUACGUCGAAGAGCUUAGACGGGCAAGAGGCUUAGCCGACUUGAUGGCCGCUCGAUACUCUGUUCAAGAGCUCAUUUCAGGCAAUCCACAAUCUUGGCGUGGCAUUCAAGAGAUUAUCAGAAGAGAAGCAGACUGUACAUGCCUGUACAUUUCGGUUGGUAAAAAUGAAGUACGGUUUUGGAUUCUCACAGCAAUGGGAGCUAUUAUUUUUUCAGAAAAGACAGUGAGCCUUCAAGCAAACGUUGUGACCGGAUUAGUCCCUGAUUUAGAUGAGUUUUUCAAAGACAGCUUUCGCAGCCUCGCCAUUUUACCCGAACAGAAUUGCGAGGAUCGAUCCCUGAAUGACACCAAACUGAUACCUCUUCACCACGACAACCGAGCAGUCCCGCGUGACCAUGAUGCCAAGGAUUUCAAAACAAAUCUUCACUUGUGUUACAAGAUAAUCAUCGCUCCUGUGGCCAGUUUACUGAAGCAGCCCGAAAUCAUUAUUGUCCCUGACUCCUGCAUGUACCAAGUACCAUUUGCAGCCUUGGCUGACGAAGGAGGCAAGUAUUUAUCAGAGACAUUCAGGAUUCGGAUGGUUCCCUCUCUGACGACUCUCAAGUGUGUUCAAAACAGUCCUCCAGACUAUCACAGUCAGACAGGGGCACUAAUAGUGGGUGACCCUGAGGUUGGAGCUGUUAUCUACAAGGAAAGGCGCAGAACCAUAACACCAUUGCUGUGUGCAAGGAAGGAAGCAGAAAUGAUUGGAAGACUUCUCGGUGUAACGCCUUUGAUUGGAAAUUCCGCGACAAAGCAUGCUGUACUCCAAGCGAUAAACUCAGUGAGCCUCAUACACAUUGCUGCCCAUGGUGAUGCCGAACGAGGGGAGAUGGCUCUUUCUCCUGAGCACCCUACCUUACUCCCACCUUUUCCUCAUGAAGAAGAUUAUCUUUUGACGAUGGCGGAUAUUUCAAAGACCCAGCUGCGAGCUAAACUAGUGGUGCUUAGUUGUUGCCACAGCGCUCGUGGACAGAUUAGAGCCGAGGGAGUCAUUGGAAUCGCCCGAGCGUUCUUAGGAUCCGGCGCUCGCUCGGUGUUAGUGGCACGAUGGGCCCUGGAUGACACAGCCACAGAGCAGUUCAUGACUUGUUUCUACAAACAUUUGUUCUGUGGUGAAAGUGCCACUGAAUCCCUUCNUUUGGCCAGAAAUUGGAUGCGUCAUAACGGCUUUGACAAAGUCUCUCAAUGGGCACCCUUUAUGCUCAUGGGCGAUAACGUGACAUUUGAUUUUGCAAAUUGGCCGGUGUCCACCGCACCUCAAGAGCCUGUAGCGGAAUGAACUGACCUAGCAAAGCUCGUAACCAUUUAAUUGCUAGCCGUCUGUGAAGGACAACUCGGAUCAACACAUAGAAAAGCAUUUCUAUGCGCAGCUCGUUGGACUUCUAAGUUUAAUAAUCUGAGACAAAACAGCGUAUAGUGUACUCUUUAUAAGAGUUUAGAAGUAAAAAAACUUCAAGAGCCAACUUUGUUUUUAGUCAAUAGUUCAACAGACAAGCCAAGCAAAUUGCGACUAACGCGAUUAAUUGGUCUAGCAAAGGAAAUUUCAAUAAUGUCUUUUCAAAGGCGCUUUUAUCAUACAUGAGUAUUAGGAGUAAGAAUCAAAGCCACGGAAGUCGGAUAAGGAUUAACGAGAGGCUGGGAGUGGACUCAUUUGUAUCAAUUCAUUGCUCAGGGGAUCCACUGUCAGGAAAAUUUUACGGUACUUUUUUACACUUUUCUU